GCUGGCUCUUUCCAUACCACCACAGUGGUGCACAUGAAUGUCCUGGCUGAUGCUCUCAAGAGCAUCAACAAAGCUGAAAAGCAAGGUAAAUGCCAGGUUCUUAUUAGGCAGAGCUCCAAAGUAACUGUCCCCAUCGCACCCAGCCCCAUCGUCCAGUUUCUAACUAUAAUGAUGAAGCAUGGUUACACUGGCAAAUCUGAAAUCACUGAUGAUCAUAGAGCUGGGAAAACUGUUGUGAACCUCACAGGCAGGCUAAACAAGUAUGGAAUAAUCAGCCUCAGAUUUGAUGUGCAACUCAAAGAUCUAGAAAAAUGGCAGAAUAACCUGCUCCCAUCCCACCAGUUUGGUUUCACUGUAUUGACAACCUCGGCUGGCAUCAUAGACCACGAAGAAGCAAGACGAAAACACAUAGGAAGAAAAAUCCUGGGAUUCUUUUUAUAACGAUGUAAUACGUAUUUACAAAUAUAUUGCCUCCAUGGAAAAAAAAUUAUGCUGGGAGUAUGUGCAAGGUUGUUUCUGGAUGAGAUUAACAUUUAAAU